GGGAGGUGGGGCCGGCGGGCGGGCGGUGCAGCUGCCGCCGGCGUCUCGGGGGCUCCAGGCUGCGGGGCGGACGCAGCGCCGAGCGAUCCACAGCCGAGUCCCGGCCCCGGCCCCGAGCGAGCCCCGCUGCCGCCGCCGCCCCGGGCCCGCCGCACCCCGGACACGCCGCGGCCGCCACCGCCGGGAAGGCAGCGGGCGCCGGGCAAGUUGCGAGCGAGCACGCCCCUCGCCCGGGGAAAGUUUCCCCCGCGGCCGCCGGCGGGAGUUGGCACGGGGUCCGGCCGCUGCCGCUGGAAGAGUUUACGGAAGCCGCCGUUGGAAAGAGACCUCGAGGCGUCUUUCCACCCCUGAAAGGAGAAGAAAGCGGUGGAAAGAGGACAAGCUGGGCCAAUAAAGGAAAUAAACAGGAGCCCCUUUGACCAGGAGACUCCAUCUCGCUGACGCCUGAAGACCUGCCCAGGCGGAGCACCAUGGAAGGCGACUGUCUGAGCUGCAUGAAGUACCUGCUGUUUGUCUUCAAUUUCUUCCUCUUCCUGGGCGGGGCCUGCCUGCUGGGCAUCGGCAUCUGGGUCCUGGUGGACCCCACCGGCUUCCGGGAGAUCGUGGCCGCCAACCCCCUGCUCAUCACGGGCGUCUACACCCUCCUGGCCAUGGGGGGCCUGCUUUUCCUGCUUGGCUUCCUGGGCUGCUGCGGGGCCGUCCGUGAGAACAAGUGUCUGCUGCUGUUUUUUUUCCUGUUCAUUCUGAUCAUCUUCUUGGCGGAGCUCUCGGCGGCCAUCUUGGCCUUCGUCUUCAGGGAAAAUCUCACCCGCGAGUUCUUCACCAAGGAGCUUGGCAAGCACUACCAGGGCGACAACGACACGGACAUCUUCUCUGCCACCUGGAACUCCGUCAUGAUCACAUUCGGCUGCUGCGGGGUCAACGGGCCUGAAGACUUUAAGUUCGCGUCCGUUUUCCGGCUCCUGACCCUGGAGAGCGCCGAGGUGCCGGAGGCCUGCUGCCGGAGGGAACCGCAGACGCGGGGCGGCGUCCUGCUGAGCAGGGAGGAGUGCCUCCUGGGGAGGGACCUGUUCCUGAACAAGCAGGGCUGUUACACGGUGAUCCUCAACGCCUUCGAAACCUACGUCUACCUGGCCGGAGCCCUCGCCAUAGGCGUGCUGGCCAUCGAGCUUCUCGCCAUGAUCUUCGCCAUGUGCCUCUUCCGGGGCAUCCAGUAGCGGCCCAGCCGGGAGCCCGCCCCCACCCCCGCCCUCCAGGCCGGUGGACGGGGGACCACGGGGCGGGGGGCGCAGGAGAAGGGGGAGGGAAAUCGCUAUUUUUUUAACAAUACAAAAUGAAGACAAAAAUACGGCCUGAUGUCCCCGCCGGCCCGGGCGCUGCCAGGGGCUCCCCGCAGGGCCCGGCGCCUGAGCCCGGGGCGCAGUCUGGCCUAGGGAGCAAAGGAGCCCCGGCCCAGGACCCUCCUCCGCUCAGCCCGACGGCGACCGGGCCUGGGCCCCCUCCUCGUAGCUUCAGGACCUGGUGCCGAGGAAGUGAUGAUCUAGGCAACCAGAAGCCUCGGAGAGAGGGCGCCACAGCCCAGGGGCUGCAAGGAGAUUCGGGCUCCACGUCCCUGAGGAUCGGAACCUACGUGCAGUCUUUGGUCCUCCGAGGAUGGUGCUGUCCCUGCCUCGGGCUGGGGCCAAGAGUGGGCUUCAGACACUGGAUGCAAGGAUGGCCCGGCUGGCGAGGUCCUUGCCUUCCCCAUCUGUUGGGCCAAAUAAUCGGGAAGGCCCAGAGAGGGGCAGUUUCUCAUCCACAGUCACGCAGCACAUGCAUGAUGACUCUCAACAAGGACCUGGUCAUCGCCGGGCUGCCUGUCACGCCUUCCAGGGCUCUGUCGGUCCCCGCCGAUCCGCUGCUCGCGCCCCCUCCCUGGCCUCCACAUCCUGGUUUCCCCAGAAGAGAGAGGGCAGGCUGGCCAGGAGCCGUCUCUUCCCAGCUCUACAGCUAAGAAAAUUCUGGACUUUUUUCCCCCCUGCCCUCCCUCCCGCCUCCCCACACCUCUCAGCCCCCAGGAACACACACACGGACACACACCACAGUCCCUUUGCCACACUGCCCACCGCGCCCCCCCAGCCCAUCCCCUUCCUGUUCCCCACCAGCUCCCUGGCUCCUGGGCUGGAAGGAGCCCCCAGGAUCAUCUGGCUCUCCUUGAGGUUUGGAUGUCUUCCACAAGAUCCCUGCCAGACUUCUCUACCCUCUUCUUACACACCUCCAGGGACGGGGAGCUCACUACCUCCCAAGACAGCCUUUUGCCUUUGGACUGCUCUGACUUUAGCUUCACCUCAAUACACAGAGAGGUUGGUUUU